ACACACGUAGGGUCCAUUACUCUUUAAAAUAACCCAAAAGCAGAGUAGAGAUCCCCAGUUGGGCAGUUCUUUCAUUGUGUAUUUGUGUUGAGUGUUGACAUUUUACAAGGUACAAAAACUCCACCAUCACCCAAGUAAGCUGUAAGCAAAGCAGAGGACGAAGGUUUCAACUUUCAACAAAGAAAAAAAUGGGAAUUACUCUUCUGUUAAAAAUUUGCAAUUUCCUCCUCUUUCUUAUGCUGUGUAUGAUCCAUGGAAAUUUUGGCAGAGAUAUACCAAAAGGAGAUGAAAUGAACAUUGAAGUUGCAUAUGAAAAGGGUGAUGAUCAUCUAUGUCUUAACCAUGCCCAUGAUAAUGAUGAUGGAUGUCAUAAGAAGAUGAUACAUAACUUCCAUCAACACAUGCAUGACCAUACAUCAUCAUCAUCAUCAUCUCACAUGGGUCACAUGGACCUAUCAUGGAAUAUCUUCUUUCACAUUGAUGACCUUAAAGUUGGUAAAAAGAUCCCUUUAUAUUUUCCUACAAAAAAUUCCUCAAUUACUCCUCAUAUGAUCUCUAAACAAGAAGCAAAAUUAAUUCCAUUUUCAUCAACCCAACUUCCUAAAAUUCUUGAAUUUUUCUCAUUUCAUCAAGAUUCACCUCAAGCUAAAGCCAUAAAAAACACCCUUGUGCAUUGUGAACUUCCUCCUUUAAUAGGAGAGACCAAAUUUUGUGCUACUUCUUUAGAAUCUAUGCUUGAUAAUUUAGGCCAAAUCUUUGGUUUAAGCAAUAAUUUUAAAGUUUUGACAACUACCCAAUUGAAAAAAUUGGUCCCUAAUUUGCAAAAUUACACCAUAUUAGAAGAUCCUAAGGAGAUUUUUGGCACUAAAAUUGUAGGUUGUCAUCCUGUGCCUUACCCUUAUGCAGUGUACUAUUGUCAUGGGCAAGUGAAUGAUAACAGGUUGUUUAUGAUAUCACUUGAGGGUGAGAAAGAUGGACAAAGAGUUGAAGCUGUUGCAAUGUGCCACAUGGAUACCUCUCAGUGGGACCCACAUCACGCCUCGUUUCGCGUGCUCGGGAUCGAGCCCGGGGUUGCCCCUGUUUGCCAUGUGUUCCCUCAAGAUAAUCUAGUAUGGGUUUCAUCCCCAGCUUCUGCUAGCUAGUGUAGUGUUACUGUGUUAGUGUGUGAUUGCAAGAGCAUGUAUUAUGCGUAUUUGCUAGCUAGUGUAGUGUUAGUGUUAGUGUUAGUGUUAGUGUUAGUGUUAGUGUGUGAUUGCAAGAGCAUGUAAUAUGCAUAUGCUUAAAUAAAGUAAAGUUAUGUGGUAUAUGUAAUCUUGUAUUAGACUAAUUUAGGAAUGGUUCUAAGCUUCAUGUUUGUGUGAAUCACAAGGUCGUACAUACAUAUUUUGGCUUAGUUAGAGUAUGAAAUCCAAUUAUAUAAAUAUCUAUUGUUUUAA